UUUCUUUUGCUUCUCCUGGCGAAGUGCCGUGACUUUCUCUCCUUCGUUUCCUCGUUCCUAGUUUAUUUGGUUUUUCUAAUAAAUUCUGUUUCUCACAUCUGUCUGUUUUCUUUUUUUUUUUUAUUUAUAUUUUCUCAAGAAACCUUUGCCGGCGCUUCAGUGGUUUGUUUGUCUUUCGGAUUGGUUGAAACAAAUUUUUGUCGUGAAAAAAGGAAAAAAAAAGAUGAAGGAAAAUGUGGACAACCCUCUUCACCUUAAAUCUUUGAACCAUGUCUCCCUCGUGUGUAGAUCAGUUGAGGAAUCCAUCAAUUUCUAUCAGAAUAUUCUUGGUUUUGUUCCAAUCAGGAGGCCUGGAUCAUUUGACUUCAAUGGCGCUUGGUUGUUUGGGUAUGGGAUUGGGAUUCAUCUUCUGCAAUCUGAGGAUCCAGAUAACAUGCCAAAGAAAAAGAAAAUCAAUCCCAAGGACAACCACAUUUCUUUCCAGUGUGAGAGCAUGGGGGCAGUGGAGAAGAAGCUGAAGGAGAUGGAACUGGAGUACGUUCGGGCAAUGGUGGAAGAAGGUGGGAUCUAUGUUGAACAGCUGUUCUUCCAUGAUCCAGAUGGGUUCAUGAUUGAGAUAUGCAACUGUGAUAACCUACCUGUGAUCCCCCUGGCAGGUGAGAUGGUUCGAUCAUGCUCUCGACUCAAUCUGCAAAUGCUGCAGCAUCAGCAGAUACAGCGAGUGGUCCAGCAGUAAAGACCAGCAGUCAUUUUAUUUAGGUGUAUUUUAGUCGAAAUCAUGAGAAGAAGCACCCCAAUCUGCUUUGUUUUUGUGUCUUUUUCUUUUGUCUAAGUACUCUACGCAUGAGUAGUUUGUUUUUUCUUCAUUUGGUUUAGUAGGUUUUUCUUUUAAAUUCUGUAAUAAAGACAAGGCAGAUGUGAUCCCAAGGGAAGUGAUCAUUUUAUGAGCUGAUUUUAAUAAACUAAAAAUGGAAUAUUCUCCAAA